AUGCCUGCCGAGGCAGGUCCAAAGAGACCGUGGCACCUGGAACAAAGCUUCAAGGUACAGCCUCACUCAGGCCUUUGCUAUGCUGGCAAGGAGACCUGCGCAAAUCGCUUGGAUCGCAGCUACACCAAUGUACAGGCACUGCAGCUGGGCCAUGGAGGCAGCAGCCUCCUGGUACUUCACAGUGCAGGUGUUCUUGAUGCCUGGGAUUUGGAGAAGGGUGCCUUCAAAGGCCAACUGCAGCUGGGCCAAGGCAAAGCCUACCAGGCAAUGUGCCAUGACGGCGGAUGGCUGCGCCUUUCUCGGCAGAGCCCAUCUGGGCCUAUCCUCGAAGAGCUUCCUUGGGCUUCCGUGCGCUUCGCUUGA